AUGUCGUCGGGACUCCCCUACUCCGCCGCACCUGAGUGGUUGCGGGCGAAAACCACGGCUGUCGACUGCCAACGUGCUAGGGAACGGACAAGAAUCACCACCGUUAACCGUAAUCAUCGAAUUCCGACCUCCACAAACGGCGACGACUGCCCGGAUGUCGAUGACGACUGCUGCCGUCUUCCCACUGAUCGAAUCCCGACCUCCCCAAACCAAUCUCCGGAAAAUUGCGCAAUCAAAAGGCUUCAAUUGGAAUUGAAGGAUUUUAUGAUGGGUGAGUGUGACACUGGGAUAUCAGCCUUUCCUGAAAAGGACACUACUAUGAUGUUGUGGAAAGGGAGCAUCACUGGAGGCAAAGGUUCAGUCUUUGAAGGAAAACAGUACACACUCUACCUUCAUUUUCCCAGUGAUUAUCCCUUUAAGCCGCCCGUCGUCAGAUUCGACAGACCUGCUCCUUUUCACCCCAAUGUGGGGGGUUACUGUUAUCGGUGCUAUGGCAGAAUCAAGUUGGAUAUUCUUCUACAGGAAUGGUCAUCUGCUUAUGAUGUGAGAACCGUGCUCUUAUCCAUCAAGACUAUGCUUGAAGAUCCAAACCUAAGCGCGCCUGUCAACCGCGAUGCAGCUAGACUUUGGAGUGAUCAGAAAGAAUAUAGGAAGAUGGUGGAGAAGUUAUACAAUUCUCCCCAAUAUGGAUUAGAGAAGAGAUUUAUUGAUCUAUAUGAAGUGAAAUUAUGCGGUUCGGGAGAAGAUAGCAAGGCGGGUUCCAAAGGUGACCUUAGGCAGCGUUCUUCCUACAUAAAGAGGGUAAGGCAGGUUCCAAUAGUGAACUUAGGCGGCAUUCUUCCUUCAGACAAAUAG